AUGGGGAUCACCAUAUUCCCGAUCAUCUUCGCAUCAAUACUGGUUGCCGGCUGUACAAGCACUGACCUCAGUAACGUCUAUCUUCUCUCACUCUCGUAUAACACUGUGGGGAACAAUGGCACAUCGUACCUCGAUCCAACACAAGUUAAUGAGAACAUGGCGUCCACAAUUUCACAUGUGGUGGGCACGAAUGCUUCUUACCCAUCCCUAGAGGUUCGAACUGGAUACCUGGGAAUGUGUUUGAAGCAGGCCACCGACCUCUGGAUUUGCGCCCGGAGCGCAGAAGCACUCGCCUCCCUUGUCAAAAGCAGAGCGGGCAAUUCAUCACACAAUGAUCCAUUGAAUCUGAUAUGGACUGCCAAAACAUUCAAGGACAAGCUUGUCUUCAAUGGAUUUAUAUUUGCAUCGAUACCACUUUUACUGGUUUGUAUUCUCAUUUUGGCGGUGUUUCCCAACUGGCUGGAGGAUCCUGAUGAGGAAGAUCAAUACAUCAAGCCUUUUCCACCAGCACGUCUUGUGAAAGUUCUUAUGGUACUCACGCCCAUUACCUCACUCCUUGCUCUGCUAUCUGCCUUCUGGCAACAUAUAUCAAGCUCUGCUGGUGUGACAAUGGUCGAGAUCCUAUCAUAUGGCGCUGUUACUGGAAAAAUCGGGGUCGCUGCAAUGGUUCUUGGGUGGGGUUCUUUGGUCGCAGUGGGUUUAGCCACUCUUGGAAUUAUUAGCAUGCACUUGAGUAUUAAAAUUUUGCAAAGGCUUACUGAUGAAUAACAGAUGGGUAUGGCUAAGGUCUUCCUGCUACUCUCAAUAUAUUAAAGUAUGUUUUGUUGUUUAUCACG